GGCAAGACCGGACAAAAUAAAUAGUAGUGCUCUUACAAAGGUGAAAUGGAGAUAGCGUCACUGAAUGAAACUGAGGUGAACAGCACCACGGAGAGCGCAGCAAAGUCCAACGGCACCUACAUGCCUUAUUACCUGCACUCUACAGGCAUGGCCGUCAGUUACACCAUGUGCUUUGUGGUGGUUUUACUGCUCUGCGUCGUUGGGAACGUGCUGGUCUCCCUGGUAGUCCUCCGGAACCGUAACAUGCGUUCGGUCACCAACCUGUUUAUCCUCAACCUGGCCAUUAGUGACUUACUGAUUGGAGUUUUCUGCGUUCCAACGACUUUGAUUGACAGUCUUAUAUCAGGAUGGCCAUUUGGCCAGAUCACAUGCACCAUGAGUAACCUGGUCCAGGGGAUGUCGGUGUCAGCAUCAGUAUUCACACUGGUGGCCAUAGCUGUUGACAGGUUCACAGGAAUUGUGUACCCCUUCAGACACCGGAUGAGACCCGUGUCUGCCCUCCUCACCAUCCUCUUCAUAUGGGUGCUGGCGUUCGCUGUCAUCUGCCCCUCAGCCGCCACCCUGACCGUCAUCCACUUAGAGAACACCUACGCGGUCCAGGACAAUCACACCUACCCUGUGUUUGUCUGCUUCGAGAAGUGGCCGCAGCCGGAGAUGCGUCGGGUCUACACCAUGGUCAUCUUUGUCCACGUGUACCUGGCCCCGCUGGGGGUCAUCAGCGUCAUGUAUGGCUGCAUCGCUGCCAAGCUCUCCACCAGCCUGAGGCAGGUCAGCGCGGCCAAAGUGAGGAGGGCCCGAUCCCAGCGCAGGGUCAAAGUCAUCAAGAUGCUGAUCAUGGUGGCCAUGCUCUUCAUGGUGUCCUGGCUGCCCCUGUGGACUCUAAUGCUCCUGACUGACUACCGUGACCUGGACACGCAGCAGAUAGACUUCCUGAGCAGCUACCUGUUUCCCGUGGCUCACUGGCUGGCCUUCUUCAACAGCGGGAUCAACCCCGUCAUCUACGGCUUCUUCAACGAGAACUUCCGCCGGGGGUUUCAGGCCGCGGUGGCCUGCGGGUCCUGUUGCAAGACAACGGAGGUGCUGGUCAACACGGGCUUUGUCUUCCCACCUCCGAACAGAGUGUUGAGUGAGAAGCCCGAGCCCCCGAUUAGAAAGGCAGGCCGCGGCACGCUAAAGAUCAGCCCACACGGAGCUCACGGAAUCCCCCUGGAAGACAGGAGCAGACACGUCGCACCGCACAUGGUGAUCGGAGCCUGGCUGGAGCGACCGGCGGGUGAAGAUUAGGAAACCUAUCCGAAAUGAUCGGUGUCAUGAUGAGUUCUGAGGCGGGUAGAAUUAGUUGGAAUGGAAUCACCACGGCAACUUUGCCCUAACCUCAGCCACCAUCAGCUUCUUGGGGAAUGUAGAAAGAUUGCCUGUGAUGCAGACUCUAGAGAAUGUCUGGAAAAAGGGCAGGAACUGUCUAACUUUGAUGCAUCUCUUCAUAUUUCGCAUCAUAUUCAUGAUGGAUGCAGACAGACCCCCUUUUUUAAGUUUCUAAAACCCAUAAAGUUAGAAGUUGCACCUAUUUGAUUACUGGGCGUACUGUACUUCCACUUAUAGUGGAAGCCAUCAAUGGCAGUGUCCAUGAUAAAAUGUCUUUAGGCCACUAGAGGUCUCUGUUAUUCUCAGCGGCCUGCAUAGGUCUAAUGGCUCAUAGAGGGUGCCAAGACCAUUAGUGUUUCAGUGAUCACACGUUAAUUUGUAUGCUGACAGAUGCUGACCGUCCGAUGAUCAUUCAUGUUGCCUUUUAAUUAUGAACUCUAGUUUUGCAAGGUUGGAGUUCUCUAGAACUAUCUAAUUAAAAUAGUAAAGAUAUUUUUUUAAACCUAUGGUAUACAGUCUGAUGUAUCAAGGCUUUCCUUUAAUGGGCAUUCAAGGCUUUCUUUUAAUGGGCAUUCAAGGCUUGGAACACCCAAUUUAUUGUAAUUAAUUAUUGCCAUCAUGUUUGAACAUUUGGAAAAUAAAUUACAUUUAAAAAAAGCAUUACGUUAAAAACUAGAGUACGGCAAGGGAACAAUCACACACCUCAUGACAAAGAAAGGUUUUCUUUGCAUAAUGAAGCAGUGGAUCAGGUUACUGUUAGACUGACCUCAUUUUAUUGGCAUUUGUCCAUAAAAUUCAUGAAUGCAAUUCAUAUGUUCACAUAUUUAUGUACCUGGUGCUCCUGAAACAAAAUUGCAAACACUUCAAUGUGAGACUAAAUAUUAGGGCAGAUAUUUAAGAGAUUAAUGAAAACAAUUAUUUUUAUUGUAUCUCUAUGAUCUAUUUGAGUGAUACAUCCCGUUAAGAAAAGAUUUGUCAAAUGUGGCUCAGCGUGGUCCAAUAGUCAAACUCACUGCCCCCUCUGCGAACUGCCCCCUGAGCUCUUUGUGCAAAAAAUCUCUCCACUUUCAAUAGCAAAUGAUGCAUACAGUAGCCAGAAAAUAUAUCCCAUAAAGAGGUCUUUCAAAAGAAUGAAACUUUAGGGAAAUUUCUUUGAAUUAUAUUAUCCUUAUUUCAAUUCAAAUCCAAUUUAAGCCAAUUUUUUUUGGGGGAUGUGGCUGAAUCAAAUUAAAUAUACAUAAUAAUAAUUACAUUCAGAAAUUCCUCAGAGGAUCCCUCAACUAAUACUAUGGAGUAACACCGACUGCUGUUUGACCGGGUCACACAAAUACACAGGUGAAGACACACACACACACACACACACACACACAAACAUACUUACACAUGUACAUAUAUCACUCCACACAUCAAACAUCUCCCAAAUCUAUUAUAUACAAAUGUCUUGGUUUGCUUAAGUCUCCAGGUCCUAUUAAAUGAAAGAUUAAAGAUGAGUGUAUGUAAGACAGGGAGAGAUACACAUCAUUGAACGGUUCCCCUUUGGGAAAACCAUUUUAUGCUUUUUCUGAGUCAGUGGCUCCUGUUUUUUGACUGGCUAUCCCCAGACUCAAAUCAGAUUAUAUAAUGAGUAUGUGCUUUCAUCUGAACUGCAGAGUGGUUACCAACUUCUCUCAAAAAUUCUCAACACCUAAAGUUUACUGAAGCUUCUAAGUAUGUGCAGGAUUCUUUACUUACAGUCUCUGCUGUGGUCAUUUGCUCCCCAGAGAACACACUGCUCUUGUAGUCAAUAGUUCUUGUUUAAUGAAGUUAAAUCAAAGCUGAAUCAAUGUUUGCCAGACCACAUAACAACAGAAUUCAGCUUAACAGAACAGAAUAUUGAAUAAUUUAUUUCUGUAAGAGAAACGUUAACAUCACAUUUCUUAUGAGAUUUUAAUGUGAUGGUGCACAUAGCUGCCUUGGCCAAACUCAACAGUGCAGUCACACCACAAGUAUUUUCACUGAUACUAUAAUUUGUUAACACUAUCUGCUACUGUAUACAAUUUGAUCAGUGUACACAAUAGACAAAGGCUCUAUGAACUACCUUGAAACAGUAUAACCUUUAGAAGGUCUAAAUGCACAUCCCUAUGAAACUGGUAUGAAAAUGUUGGAAUGCAUCUGGCUUUAUAAUAUGAAGAAUUCUAAUGUGAAGGAGACCACGUGUGCCAAAGUUAGAUCAUAAUAUAAUAUUUCAGACAGAGAUUUGACUUCGGUCUAUUCUUAUUUAUCAAACGCUAUUCGUCAGAGAAGACCAAAGAGGUAUCAAUCAAACAAAUAGGGUAGAUGCUGUGGAUAGGAAAUCUUGCUCAUGCUCAGACCAAUUGAAAACCAAAUAGCUGUUUGGAGGAAUGAUAUGGAAAAGUUACCAUAGUAAAUUUUUCUAUAGUAUUGGGGGUCUUUAGAUCAAAGUGGAGAGUGUCUCCUAUAAGCCCUGCAACAUCACUCCCAAGCUAGCUGUGGGAUGCAGCAUAUUAAAGUUAAUUUACUGGGAAACUUGUACAUGGUAAAUAUUUGUGCGUGGAUUUGAUGCUUUGGAUGGAUUGCUUUAAAUUGGUUUGUUUUUGGGGGGUUUGUGACAGGGGAUUUCAUUGAACCACAUCUUUUUUUGGUUGUUAUUUAAUUCAUAAAGUGUGACUGGAUGAACUCACACCUCCCUUUGUCCCGAGGGAGUAUUACCACUCCCCCCUCUUCUCUCCUAUUUUUUUCAUUAGUGAAAAAUGUAAAGUAUGUGAGCACACUACAGCUCAAAAGAAAAAUCCCACUAAGCAAAAUAAUUUCAAUUACAUCUUCUUAAUGCCUAUUCAACGUUUUUUCAAAGUCUAUUCAAGGUACCUAUAUCAAGGUCUUUUCAACCAGAAAGACGUAUUUCCAACAUCUUUUCAAGGGAAUUUACUAAGUGGGUAUGGUUCAAUGGGCCAUGGCUAGAAAAGAAAUAUUGCCAAAAUCUCCCAUCCAAGCAAAAACCACCAAAAGCAAAAUACAUUUCAGCAAUCCGUACAUAAAUGGUGACCAUGCACACUCUUUCAAGAGGAAGUAUAAAUGACCCUUUAUGCUGCACAUUAUACUAGACCAGACGGACACCUGAGCUGAUGGCCUACUUUAGACACUUCUGUGGUAUAACACAAUUAUGUCUUUGGUGGAAGGUGUGAUUUGGAGUAUGUCCCAUCGUACUGUUUUAAUGUGUAUAACGUCACCAACACAAUUGCUUACUCACGUGAGCAAAUCUACGAGUUGGGGUGUCAAAGUAGCCCCACACAUCCAAACUGAAGCAAAUUGGGUGUGAAGUAGGAUGACCCGAGAAUGUUGUAAAAUUAUGGUUCUGGUGUAAAUUCAACUGUAGGAUUGGAAUUUUUGGGUCCCAUAACAGGACAAAUUCUCCAAUAUGUUUCAAUUUUGUUGUACAUAUCAUGUGUGGUUAUGUCUGUGGGACUUAAGGGAAACAAGAGACAACUGUCUGUCUUUGGAGAUGUGUUAAUUGUGUCAAUGUAAAGGGGUACCGGUCCAGUUUCACUUUGUUGACCAAGUUGAAAUAAAAUAGUUUUAUUGCUAUGGGGGAAGUCUAGAGUUCUCCAUUGAAUAGCAAGACAAAUCUUCAUAUAUUUUAGAUUUCCUGUAACCAGAACCACAGGGGAAAUAUCUCCAUCUGCACUUAAGAUGUGCCUUUUAGAUUAGAUUGGACAAUCUGUUGGUUUUGAUUGAUGUCUGCUUGGUAUGUAAAACUGUGUAAAUAACUUUAACUUCAUUGUUUGAUGGUAAUAAAUUACAUUCUGGACCGCAUUUCAGUGUAAACACUGUUAAUGUUGUAAAUGAUUAUUGUAGCCUGAAAUGGCAGAUUUUUUAAUGGAAUAUAUGCCUAGGCAUACGGGGGCCCAUAAUAAGCAACAAUCAGUCCUGUUUUCCAAUUGCACAUUGUAUUUGUAAUCCAGGUUUAUCAUUUUAAAAGGCCAAUUGAUCAUUAGAAAACCCUUUUGCAAGUAUGUUAGCACAGCUGAAAACUGUUGUGCUGAUUAAAGAAGCAACAAAACUGUCCUUUAGACAAGUUGAGUAUGUGGAACAUCAGCAAUUUUGGGUUUGAUUACAGGCUCAAAAUGGACAGAAACAAAGAACUGUCUUCUGAAACUUGUCAGUAUAUUCUUCUUCUAAGAAAUGACAGCUAUUCCAUGCAAGAAAUUGCCAAGAAACUUAAAAUCUCUUACUGUGUACUACUUCUUUCACAGAACAGCACAAACUGUCUAUAAUCACAAUAGAAGGAGGAGUGGGAGGCCCCAAUGAACAACUGAGCUAGAUGAUAAAUAUAUUAGUGUGUCUAGUUUGAGAUACAGAUGCCUCACAGGCCCUCAAUUGGCUGCUUCAUAAAAAAUACCCACAAAACAUCAGUCUCUACAUCAACAGUGAAGAGGCUACUCCAGGAUGCUGGCCUUCUAGGCAGUUGCGAAGAAAAAGCAAUAACUCUGAAUGGCACAAAUGUGUUCGGAUCACAAAGAAGAACAUUCUUGAGAUGCAAACCAAAUGAAAAGAUGCUGGAGGAGUGCUUGAUGCCAUCUGUCAAGCAUGGUGGAGGCAAUGUGAUGGUCUGUGGGUACUUUGGUAGUGAUAAAUUGGGAGAUUUGUAGAGGGGUCUUGAAGAAGGAAGGCUAUCACUCCAUUUUGCAAUGCCAUGCCAUAGGCUUCAAAGA